AUACCCUCACAGUACUAUUAUUGCUUAUGUUCAUGUAGCAAAAAUCUUGCACCUAAUUAUCACUCACUAUUACUGUCUAUAAAACCACUCUGCUCCAUUACACUUCCACACAUCAAAUAAAUAAUCAUAGCAACAAAAUCUUACCUAUCAUUUGCAUCUUUCCAUAUUCAAUCACUGAUAAAAAGAUGAAGCAGAUCAUCUUCUUUUCACUCCUUGUACUAUUUGCUAAUAUCUUUUCUACAAAUACUUUAGCUCAGUCACCUGCUGCAGCACCUAAAGCCGCAGCAAAACCUGCACCGGCCACACCAGCACCGGCAACGGCACCUGCAAAACCAUUAGUCCCCUCAUUACCUCAAUCACCCGCAUCAGAUUCAUCGUCCGGUCAAGACAUCAUAAAAAUCCUACGGAAAGCUAAAUCGUUCAACACGCUAAUCCGUUUGCUCAAAACCACACAAAUCAUCAACCAAAUCAACGCACAGCUCGUGACAACAAAAAAUGGCGGUUUAACCAUCCUUGCACCUGAUGACGGCGCCUUUUCGCAACUCAAAGCCGGAUACUUCAAUUCCCUCGGCGAGCACCAACAGAAAGAACUGAUCCAGUUCCAUGUUCUUCCUGUUUAUGUCUCAAGCUCAAAUUUUGAUUCGCUUAGCAACCCUGUGUUGACACUGGCCAGUGAUAGUCCUUCUGGUUAUCAAAUGAAUGUGACUGCUUAUGGAAACAGUGUGAAUAUUUCAACUGGUUCUGUUAAUGCUACACUCACAGGAAUUGUUUAUUCUGAUAAGACACUUGCUAUAUAUCAUGUUGAUAAGGUUCUUAUUCCCUUAGAUUUCUCUAAGCCUAAGGCUUUAGCUCCUGCUCCUGCUUUGGCAAAGGCACCUAAAGCUGAUAAGGAUAAUUCAUCAGGAGAUGAUGAUCAAGCAGCAUCAACCAAAGCUACAUCUGGUGCUAUCAGUUUGCUUGGUCUCCAAGGAACAAUGUUUAUGUCCAUUUCUGUUGCUGCACUAUCCAUUUUCAUUUGAUGAAGGCCAACUCAUUUGAAGGCUGUUCCACACUUUUGGAAUCUAUGGCGUUUACGUCUUUGUUGCUUCGCGCUCAUAGUCCACAUUUUUUGAAAUUAUAUAUGGUGUUCUUUACUUGGUUUUGUUUUUGUACUGUCACAUGGGAAGAGUGUUGUUUGAGAGCUUGUGAAGUGUGAACACCCUUGCCUGAUUUAUUUAUUUUUCAUGUAAAAAGAAAAGCAGAUUGUUUUGGUGAAAGAAAGUUUACUUGACAAACUAUAAUCUUCAUUAUGAA